AUUAUUUACAUAUUUUUGAUAUUUUAUUGGCGGUAUCCCUCGAACCUGCGUAAUCGAUCGACUAAAACCGUAGCCUUACCUCGACGAAGAUCGAAAGAUAACUUCUGAUAGCAGAACCAAGCACCUAGGAUUAUACAUACCGGCACUCAACCUGAGAUAAGACCCGUCGACAUGUCGUCCAACCCAGGUUUAGAAGAGCCAAAGGACAACGAAUAUACUGUUGGCUGGAUAUGUGCCUUGCAGGAGGAGUAUGAGGUGGCCUGUAAGAUGCUGGACAAAAGAUUCGAGGGCCCACUAAUGGCUCAUCCCAACGACGAUAACACCUACGAGUUCGGUCGGAUUUCGAAACAUAAUGUGGUCAUUGGAUGUCUACCUUUUGGUGACUAUGGCACAAACUCUGCGGCUAACGUCGCAAAAGAUAUGGUGCGAUCCUUUCCUCAACUACGCUUCGCCCUACUGGUGGGCAUUGGCGCAGGCCUUCCGACAGAAAAGAAUAAAAUUUGUCUUGGUGAUGUUGUUGUUGGCGCCAGUAAAGGGAUCCAUGGAGGCAUCAUACAGCUAGAUGCCGUAAAAAGGCACAAAUCAACUGAUGGCAGUCUUUCCACCGAACUAUAUCGCCAUUUGAACAACCCCCCGAACGUGUUGCUCGGAGCGCUACCCAAAGUCCAGGCACGCUAUAACGACCCAGACGAAGAGGACAAAAUUGCUAGGAACCUAGAACGAAUGGCUAAUCGUCCUGAAUUCAUGCGCCCCCCAGAAGACAGACUAUAUCUUGUUGAUUAUCCACACCAAGGAGGAUCGAAUUGCGACAAAUGUGAUGUCGAGAAUCUGGUAAAGCGGGAUGCGCGGGAUAUCACACACCGUGCCGUAAAGGUACACUAUGGUACGAUCGGCAGCUCUAACUCUCUCAUGAAAAACGUGGAUGAGAGGGAGAAGUAUGCUAAUGACCCGGACCUUGGAAUCUUGUGUUUCGAGAUGGAGGCUGCUGGCCUUGCAAACACAGUUCCUUGUCUGGUAAUUCGGGGCAUAUGUGAUUACGCGGAUUCACACAAGAACGAUGAUUGGCACAAUUACGCCGCACUAACCGCUGCUGCGUACGCGAGAGAGCUUCUUUACGUCUUACGGGCAGAUCGGGUUGCCGUCAACCCUAGCUGGGAGAGAGUGCUUGACGAAGUACAAACGCUCAAAACCGAUUUCCAUCAAGAUCGGAAAAAUCGGGAGACAGACAAGAUUCUUUCCUGGAUUGUAAAAGACAGCGUUAAGGAAUGGCACGACGACACUUACGCUGAUUACUAUUCCAAACGUCAUCCCGGGACUGGGGAUUGGUUUGAAACCCACCCCAAAUUUCUGGCUUGGAUUGAUGGAAAGGAUCGAACACUGUUCUGCCAGGGCCCACCAGGAGCUGGAAAAAGCGUGAUUUCCUCUAUCGCCGUCAAACAUUUGGAGUCCAAGCAGGAUGACCAAGAUAUAAAAUGUGCUUACUUAUACUGCGAGUUUGACAGGAUAGAUGAUAUCGAUCAGACAACCAAACCGCUGCUUUCUGUCUUGCUUCGCCAGCUUUGUGAGAUCACAGGCUUGCCGGAUCUGAUUGAGAACCAUCGCCGGAAUAAGAGCUUAUCCCUCGAGGAGAUUUCGACAGCUCUGUUAGGUAUUGUCAAAAGUCGCCACCGUGUCUUCUUAAUCAUUGAUGCUCUAGAUGAAUGCGCGCCCGACAUUCGUGAGGAGUUGCUAGACGCAGUGAUGAAACUGCAGGUUGGAACAACGGUUCGUUUCAUGGCAACGUCACGGGGGGGCUUUCACUCUAUUGAAAAGAGAUUUGAAACUUGUUCGACAAUAGAGAUCAAAGCUGCGGAAGAAGAUGUGCAAGCUUUCGUUAGGAAUGGGUUGAAACAUAUUGGACAUCUUGACAAGCACCCUUUACUGCGUGAUUCCAUACCCAAGAGAGUUGCCCAGGCAGCAGGCCCACUAUUUCUCUCGGUCUUCGUUCAUGUUGGAAACCUAAAGGGUACGGAUACAGAAGGUGAUAUCAGAGAGGUCCUGGAAGGGCUUCCUAAGAUACCAGUCAAGUUAGAAGAGACAUUCGAAAAUUCACUUAAGAGGAUUGACCGAUUGAACUCUACUCAGCGUAAACGUACAUAUCGCCUGUUGUCAUGGGUAUUCCACUCUAGAGAGCCUUUGGAUCUCGAAAGUCUGGAACACGCGUUGAGUUUGGAGGAAAGAGAUAAUCAGCUCAACACAGAAAACUUACCCGAUGCCCGCCAGAUCAUUUGUCGAUGCCAAGGUCUCGUAGCCGUCGAUCAGCGUCUAGGAAUAGUCAAAUUUAUCCACGCCACCAUCCCUCAGUUCUUUAGCGACAACCCAGUCAUAUUUGAAACAAUUGACAUGACGUCGAGCUAUAUUGCCCUCGCAUGCGCCAGAUACCUAUCCUUCGACGAAUUCGAAGAUGGGCCAUGCGAAAUAGAUGAAAAACUAUACAAUAGGCUAAAGACGAUGCCCCUUUACACGUACGCAGCGUGCAACUGGGGCCACCAUGCUCGUAUGGCUGGCCACCCAACCGAGACCGACAAGACUAUUCGAGAAUUUCUAAAGAACGAGAUGAAAGUAUCAGCUGCUGUACAAGCUAUGAUAGGCUAUGGGAUGCGUCGCAACAAUGUUCUGCCCCUUACAGGAUUGCAUUUGGCAUCAUGGUUCGGACUAGAGGGAUUGGCGGAAUUUCUCCUCGACCAGAGAGUUAAUGCUGAAGCUUCCACGUGUGACGGUCUAGCACCGUUAUAUCUCGCAAUCGACCAAGGACACGAAAAUAUAGUACGCCUAUUCUCCAAAAAGCGCGUUGAUAUGAAUUUCCGUAAUCCCCUCCCAAAGGAAAUACAGAAUACUUUAUACACUGGAUUUUGGGCAUACAACAUUCGUCGUGAGUCCUAUGUGUUUCCGGGACGCCAACUGCAUGGCCAGGCUCAAUUAACCGACUGUCGCGGGUUGUCAUAUUUGCAUUAUGCCAUCAUAAAGAAACAGAACGAGAUAGCCAACAUCUUGAUCAAACAAGGUGUGGACAUAAAUGCACUCGAUACGAUAGAAAUGACACCGCUGCAUAUAGCGAUCUUAACUAUGCAAAAAGACGCCGUGAAUUUACUACUCAGUCAUCGUGCAGACAUCAAUGCCAAAGACAAGAAGGGCCGAACGCCACUAAUUACCGCGAUAAUGAAUCUAGAUCUAAGGUACGGACUUAACGAGGAGAAAUUAUGCGAGAGGAUGGACAAGAUUGUGAAAUUGUUGAUUGAUGGCCGUGCAGACUUGGAUGCCGAAGAUAUAGAAAGCAGGACGGCACUAUACUAUGCAAUCCAAGGGAAUCACGAGUUCCAAGUCAAAAGACUUCUUGAUGCAGGUGCUAAAACUGAGAUGGACUUGGAUAUGAUGCUACAUGGCGUGAUCCUCAAGCACAGGCCUCAUAGGGUUAUCAAAGCGUUUCUGGAACAUUUUGCCUCAACUCCAGCACGAUUGAGAUGGUACGCAGAGUUAGAGGUAUAUGUCGCAGCUGUUGAGGGUCGGACAGAAGAGUUGAAAUCGUUGCUCAAUUCAAAUAAAAGCAUCGAUAUAAGCAGCGAGAUUGUCGAAUCCGCGCUCUUUCAUUCAGCUCAACGAGGACUCGAUGCUGUUGCGGAAGUGCUGCUUGACGCGGGAGUGGACAUUGAGAGCACAAAUCGUGAAUCUCAGACGGCAUUGCACUUCGCAGCUGAAGCAGGGCAUGAGUCAGCUGUACGCACACUGGUACUUUCCGGGGCUAACCUCAAUGCUAUAUGCUCUGAUGGGGAUACAGCUCUUAUUCAUGCUGCUCGGGGUGGCCAUGAUACUAUCAUUGAAAUCUUACUUGAGAGCGCAGCGAGGGCCGACUUUCAACCACGCGCCCAGUUCGACGAUCUUCAAAUAGGAAGGGCUCUCAUUGAAGCAUCAUCGAUGGGGCGAAUACAGUCCAUAAAUAUUCUACUUCAAUAUGGGGCUCAAGUCGAUGUCACAGAUGUUGCAUGUCAGAUGACAGCAUUUUCAACGGCGAUAGUCCAUUAUCAGCUAGAAUCGAUGAGAGCCUUGAUUCGAGCGGGUGCCAAUAUUGAAAAGCGUUCGUCCCAACAGAACUUAACGCCGCUGCAAUUGGCAGUAUUGGAAGGACACUGCGGGAUUAUGGAGUUUCUACUCGAGAAUGGGGCAGAUACCGGCGUGCGAGAUGAGAACGGGCAAACACUAAUGCAUUACGCAGUCCAGGCAGGAUUCCCAACUGUGAAGACCAUGCUUCUGAAUGGCGAGGUUGAUAUCAAUGUUCAGGACAACGAAGGCAUCACUCCUCUACACCGUGCGGUAGUGUCUUUGGACAAAGGGCAGAGGUUUGGGGAUGUAGUUAAGAUGUUGUUAACACAAGGAGCAAAUCCUGGAAUAAGGGACCAUCUCGGGCGGACCCCGGAACAUAUAGCUCUAGAGAUGGGACACACGGAAGUGAUACCCUUACUCACAGCUCCCGCUCAAAGCUUGACGACUAGUCGCCAAGAGUUAUUAAAGUUCGGGGAUGGUUUGACAGGGCACGAUUUAUUUCUUUUGAGACAAGUCAUGCGCCAUAUACCCGCAUUGAGGAAGGCGUUCGGCAUAGAGUGAGUAGCCGGCGGAUGGAUUAAUGCUUAGGAAAUCCAGAUUGGAUCAGGUAUGCUGCCCAUUCAUUACAAAAGCGGAUGAAGAUAACCUACACUUAUAUUUUUAGUGACGUCGCAUAAAUACCUACCUAGGUAGUCAUCCAGUCAUUACCUACAUAGUACCUAUGUACGUACAGAGGCCGAAAGGGGGAGCAUGUAUCGGUUCUAUUGUACUGCACUGUAACAAUAUUAUCUCCUACGUUACACAGCCAGCGUCCCUCUCUUCCUGUUACAACACUUGAAAGUGGCCUGUACA